UUUGGAAUGGUUACAGUUUAUUUUCCAUUAUUUCCUACAUACUGGACCUUUAAGUCAAGAGCAUGUGUGCCGCCGCCAUGGCAACGCUCACUGCCUCAUAAACUUCGGUCACUUAACCAGCACAUCCGCAGAUGGAAGGUGUUUCUGAGAGCUCUUUACGGUGUGCCGGAGGGGGCAGUGCUGGAAACAAACAGCACUGGGCGAAAAAAAGAAGAACUUUCUGGAAAAGUUGUGGUCAGAGAUGACCUUCCAGUUUGGUCUUCAGGUGUAUUGAUGAUCACCUUUUACAGGGGAUGUGUCCUAUUGAUCGCAGGGCGCCCCCCUCCUCCUCGUAUCCCCCAACUCAGCCUUUGGAGUCUGACUGUCUCGCCCUCUGCUCUCCGCACAGAACGCUUAGACCCAUUGGCCUGCUGGGAAGUCAGGUUGGUGUACACUCAGAAGGACGAGGAGAUCCCAACACACUAAGCCACAGAGACUGAUUCCAGUUCUCCAACCCUCAUCCAUCAUCAACCCUUCUGACUUUUGACAUAUUUACUAGUGAAAUCUUCUUGGAAAGAAGGCAAGCACAUACAAGUAUUAAGUUGUGAGAUCCCAAUCAGAAGAAAAUCAUCCAAGUACACUACACCAAAAAAGCAGAUGAGGCUAAGGAUGACGUUUGUUACCAUGGCUAUGGUAAUCCCUAUCCUAGCUGUUCUAGCCAGUUCUGAUACAGCUGUUAAUGUUUCAUGUAGAAGGACAGAUCUCUGACCAUGAGGCCACUACCAGCCCCAUACCAGCGUGUUUACUGAAUGUAUCCAACAGGUAAGGGUAAACCUACAGCUAAGCUGACUGCCAGUCCAGAUGGGCAUGUGUUAAUUGGAGAUACGGUCACUCUGACGUGUGAGAUAGAGUGUCACAGUGACUGGACAUAUAAGUGGUAUAAAGACACAAAUCAGACCAGACUUCCCUGUUAUGAACACACCUACACCAUCACUGGAGCUGCUGGGUCUGAUAAGGGCCAGUACUGGUGUCAGGGGGAGAGGAAACACAAUCCCAAAACAUCAAACACCAGACUAGAGACUCACAAAUCAACGGGUUCCAGAGAAGUUGAUUGUUCUGAUAACAGGGAAAAAUCACAGUGCAGCAAUGAAGUGUGGAUCAAUGUCACUUGUUUGGAUAACGAAACAUUACCUCUGGAUGACUUCAGGACGCUUAUACUAGUGAUCAAAGAGAUGGAUUUGAUUCACGGCAGAAAUAUCUGUAGAAGUCACUACACUGAUCUUGUCUCUCUAUAUGACAAGACAGACGAAGAGCAAUUAUUAAAAUUGUUACAAUUGGCAAAAAAAGGUCAUCUUGGUACUUUAAUUGGUCUAACAGGUUCUUCCAAUUCAUACAAAUGGUCAAAUGGUGAUAUUGUUAUUUACAAAAAAAAUGAUUUAAAUAAUCACAACAACUGUGUUGCCAUGACGGCAAAUGGGGGAUGGGAUGCUUUAAACUGCACCGAAAAGAGACCAUUCAUCUGUUACAGCGAUGCACCUAGUAAUUCCUCUAGGUAUACACUGAUUAAAGAGAAAAAGACUUGGCAAAAGGCUCAGGAUUAUUGCAGAGAGAAUUACAUUGACUUGGUAAGCAUCAAAGAUGAACAGCAGAACAACGCUGUAUUUAUUGAAAAAAAGACAAACCCAAAUGAUUCCUGGAUUGGUUUGAUAUGUGACGGCUGGGAGUGGUCUGAUGGAGGACUGUCAGGAUAUAGGAACUGGAGCAGUGCAGCUUUUGAACCAAGUAAAACUGCAGUGAGAAUCUCCCAUUAUGAAGGAUGGAACCCAGAAACUAACACGGCCAUCACUCCUCUCAUCUGCUACAAAGACCACAUCCAUAUCAGUGACGAUAGCAUGACCUGGGAGGAGUCUCUGGAAUACUGUCGGGGAUUCAACGGCUCUUUCUGCAUUCUGUCAGAAAAAGAGCAACUGGCCGCCAAGAGGCUGAUGAGAAGGCUCAACAUCACAAAACCGGUGUGGGUGGGUCUGCAGCAGAGCAGCUUCCUCGGGUUCUGGGUCUGGACCAUUGGACAGACACUGGCCUGGAACAACUGGAAGGGUGGGCAGGUGCCUCGGCUGCCCCUCUCCCAUCACUGUGGUGCCCUGAUGUCCGAGAAGGAUGAUUUCAAGUGGGCUGACAUCAACUGCAUGACCAAGCAGCGGGCUCUUUGUUUCGAUUGGGUUGUCAAUAGGGGUGCCAAGAUUCUCCAAAUCAGCGAUGUAAUUGAUGAUUGACCUCCAAAUCCUCGAUGUAAUUGAUGUAAAAAAUUAAAUUUUCGAUUUUAAAGUGACAAUUUAAUUCGAUUUUCGAUCUUUUUCUAAUAUUACUAUUAAGCAUUCCUUAUAUGUUAUUUACUCUUUUUGGCCUUUUCCUUUUCUGUUUCGGGGGGCUUUUAUUUUGAAAACGCUUUUUAUUAUGAAUCCGUUCCAACCUUGAGGUUGUAAUGUAAACAGAACUAACAUUACGCUAAAACAGAGACGUGAACAGAGUGAAAUGAAACAAGCAGAAUGUUCAUUUGAUUGUUUCAGCACACUCUGAAAAGACCCAAGGUUAGUGUUCAUGGAAUACGUACU